AUGACGUAUUUCCUUCCGCCUGCAAAACCAAGCUACGAGGUACGAACACAACUCGUAACUAAAGGAGUCGAUAGAGGAGGCUUCACACCCCCUCCCUGGCACUUUCGACGAGUGAUUGCGGAGGUGCUGAACGGUGUAAAGCCAAAAAUCGUUAAAUCGAAGAUAGAUGCUUGCGAAUCUGCAGUGGAAAUAGUCACUCCCUAUUGGGCUUCCAACAGUGCGGGGAAAAUUCGUGCCAUCGUCAAUACGCAACAUCUCCAGCAGGCCAUUCAGCAGGAAGUGUGCCAAUCCGUACAAACUAAGAAAUGCAACAACGAAUGCAGCUGCGAACAAAAAUACAAGUGGCACCGUCUGCUUGCGUACGAUCCGGACGACGACUGUAAAGGAAUAUUUAUGGAUUGGUUUCUAUUCCCUUCGUGCUGUGUCUGUCGAUGCACCACACCCAUCAAGUAGUAACGACUUUUGUUUGUCCCGUUAACGAGCCCUAGUCAACACGCACUUUUAUCACAAUUAGUCUUGGCAUAAAUGUCAAAUAAAUCUAAACCCACCUCUCCCUGAUUGGGCCAUUAAAACAAAAUGAAAUCGGUUAUAAAAAUUUGAAAAAAAAUUUCUUAAAAUUCGCAUUUGGAAAGAACAAGCAAGAUCUAAAGUAAAACAAAACAAGGAUUAGCAUUUUAAACCAGUUGUGCCUGCACAAAUUCAUAUGUCUCGAAGGUGGCAAUGCCUUUAUACUCGUGCAAAAUUGUCAAACUGUAUAGAUUCUUAUCACAUUAAACUAUUGGCUAAUGCAA